CUUCCGGAGGUUGUAAAGCUUCAGUGGUCUACACAACAAGUUCAGAUUCGUCUCAUCAACAAUGGACCAUUCAAAAAUUGAAUGGCAAAAACUAUACUCAGUGGUCCCGGUCUGCAAUCAUCUCCAUCAGGGGUAGAGGAAAAAUCGGGUAUAUUACUGGAAGUGUCAAGGAACCGAAGAAGGAAGAUGAGUAUCAGCACCAUACUUGGGAAACUGAUAAUUCCCUUGUGCCUACCUUUCUCUUCCACAGAACGGCAAAGGGGCUAUGGGAUGCCGUGAAGGAAAUGUACUCGGAUCUGGAGAACUCUGCAGAAGUUUUCGAACUCAAAUCCAAAGUACGAGAUCUUCGGCAAGGCACAUGGGGUCACUCAAUAUUACAGCCUGCUAUCAGAGCUUUGGCAAGAACUCGAUAUGUUCGAUACCCUCGUGUGGAAGUGUGCUGACGAUGGCCUGCAGUAUCGGAAAACCGUUGAAAAAGAGAGGGCGUUUGAUUUUCUUGCAGGAUUGAAUAAAAGUCUGGAUGAUGUUCGUGGUCACUUGAUUAGCCAGAAGCCGUUCCCUUCCAUCCGAGUGAUCUUUGCCGACGUCAGAAGAGAGGAAAGUCGGAGAAGGGUUAUGGUGGGAGAUUCUGGAAGACAGAACAAUACUCCAGUGGAGCCAUUAGCCUUGGCAGUCAAAAAUCCUGAUAAUGCUGGCAACCAGAGACGGGAAGGGAAGCAAUGGUGUGUUUACUGCCGUCUUACAAAUCACACCAGAGAGAACUACUGGAAGCUACACGGCAGACCUCCAAACUGGCGCAGCAAUAAGCAAUCCGAAAGAGCUCCACAAACUGCAGCUGCAGUAGAAAAUCCCCAAAAUUCCCGAGUAGAUCUAGCUGGUUUCAACAAAUAUCAUAUUGAGCAAUGGUGGAAAUUGUUUAAUCAAUCCCAAAACACGUCCAGUGAUAUUCCUUCCUGAACUAUUGCUCAAAAAGGAUCCACAUUCAGGGAAGAUGAUUUGCAAUGACCAGGAACAUGAGGGACUUUACAUGUGUGAAGAUGAAAUAAGCAUUUGUGGGCAUGCAAGAGUACAAAGUUUAGAUGUUUUUAAUGCUAAUGACGAUGAAAUAAUGUUGUGGCCCUUAGGUUAGGUCACCCAAGUUUCCGGUACCUUAAACAUUUCCUCCCAUCUUUGUUUUCUAGUAAAAGUGUGGAUUUCGGCUAA